AUGAGUGGACCUAUCGUCUUUUUUGAUAUCACCAUUGGUGGAAAGCCUGCUGGACGGAUUGAGAUGCGUUUAUACAAAGAUACUCCCAAGACGUCUGAGAAUUUCAGAGCGCUUUGCACUGGAGAGAAGGGAAAGGGAAAGAGAGGAAAGCCUCUGCAUUACAAGGGCUGCACCUUCCACCGUGUGAUCCCUGACUUCAUGAUUCAGGGAGGAGAUUUCACUCGUGGAAAUGGAACUGGUGGUGAGUCGAUUUAUGGAGAGAAGUUCAACGACGAGAACUUUAUCCACAAGCACAACAAGGCGGGUCUUCUUUCCAUGGCGAAUGCUGGAAGAAACACCAAUGGCUCGCAGUUCUUUAUUACAACGGUGCCUACUCCUCACCUGAAUGGCAAGCACGUCGUUUUCGGUGAGGUCAUCAAGGGUAUGGAGGUAGUUCGCAAGAUUGAGCAUACUCGUACCAAUGCGGCAGAUAAGCCUCUGAGCCCCGUCGUGAUUGCUGACUGCGGUGAGAUCAAGGCUCCUGCCAAGGAAGCGGAGGAGAAGAAGGAGAAGAAGGAGGAGAAGGAGAAGAGCCCUCGCGCGGAGAAGAGAGAUCGCAGCCGCAGCCGUUCUCGCGAGUAAGCUGUUGUUCUCAACACGCUCCUGCGACAGUGUCUGUUGGUGGAAGGAAGCUGCUUCCCUGCUGUU